UCGUCAGUCUACUGCCCAUCUCUGGACAACAUGGCACGGACUAAACUGGGAGCAUGGAGCCCUUUAAUGGAGGCAGCUGUGGGGUUUGCCCUGGGAACAGUGGGAGGCUGCAUACUGGGAGCCACAGAGGACCCAGUGGACAAGACACUUUCAGUUAUGACUGCAGCUGGUCCACUGAAACCAGUGGUGGAUGAAGUCAGGACAGUGGGAGCUCUGGGGCUGGGGACCCUUAUUGGAGCCACAGCACUGACCACAGCCAUGACUUCAGUAGUAGCUGGUGUGAUUCUGGCGGCGGCGGUAGCUUCAGUGUUUGUGGCCGCACAGAGCUGUGGUACCUCCCACACAGACUCUCUUAGCUUGUGGGCAUCAGCAGGACUCGCGGGGGCCUUUGGGACCACUCUCAGUGGGGCCACGCUCGGGGUCUCUAUUGAAUGGAUUGUGAAGGAAUAUGGCAUGGUGGGCCUUCUGUGGGCGCUGAGCAUAUUCACUGUGCUCAAACCGCCCCUGCACUUUGUAUUUAAGCUCGUCUGGAAGAAGGGAGAGGCCUGUUGCACUCUGAGAUCUCAAGACUUUGACAGUGAGAGGAAACACACAGAGAUUACAGAGUUGCAACACAGGCAGAUAAUGGCUGUGCAGAUGGAGCAGAGGAUCCUGACCCUGGAGAAGGGAGGCAGCGCCAGUGGGAUGGAGGACAUGACCACAUGGGUCAAUGAGCAAAGGCAGAGAGCAGAGAUAGAGAGGAAGACAAAGGAGAAUGAAGAGGCAGAGAUAGAUCGAAGAACCAUGCAAGACUGGAUCAACACAGUGGUGGUCAAAUAUGUGGACUUCUUGGCUUUCUCAGGGAUACCAAUGACAGUGGUUGCUAUAGUAACAUCAGGUUUUGGGGUGUUUGGUUACGGAGGCCACCAGUCUGUGUUUAUAGUUCUUCUGGCUUUGGUUGCAGUGAUAGCCUAUUUGCUCCUGAAAUCAUCGGACUUUAAGUUCUGGAUGUUGAUAGGAUGCAUGGGAAUGUUUGCAACUUUCGUCAUCGCCAUGCUCACCCUGCACGCCGGUCAGGUGGUCCUAACAACUGCCAUGAAGAUGCAAGCAGCAGGACAGAGUCAGUCCAGAGAAAACAUCAGUGCUCGAAUCAACCACCAAUCCUCUCUGGAAGCUUUGAACGCAGCUUUUUUUGCUGCAAAAUUAUGCGAGUUGGGUUUGGGCGCUGCAGUGGGGGGUCCGCUGGUGAGGCGAGCAGCCGGAGAGGUGAAAGUCAUAGCGGGGGCAGCUUUGGUGGCGGGGGGUUUACUGGCUGCGGUGGAGUUUUUAGCCCCAGUGCUAGGAGACGGGGGAAAGCAGGGGCGUUGCUGGGGGUGGUGGGGGCAGCAGGUGUCUCUGUGGGUGCAGCGGCAGCUGUGGCUGGAAGGUGGUCCUCAUGGCCAGGAACUCUGGGAACAGUAG